AGUGAAUCUCUAAGCCGCGAAGAGUGCUUUGAAGUAGCUUUAGGUGGAAGAUGUCAGAAAGUAACUCGGCAGAGGGUAGCGACAGAAGCGAGGAGCAGGUGUCUGGUGCUAAAGUCAUCGCCCAGGCCCUAAAAACGCAAGAUGUGGAGUACAUGUUCGGUGUCGUAGGCAUCCCCGUGACCGAAAUCGCCCUUGCUGCCCAGGAACUGGGCAUCAAGUACAUUGGGAUGAGGAAUGAGCAAGCGGCUUGUUACGCUGCCUCUGCGGUUGGAUACCUAACGGGCAGGCCAGGAGUAUGCCUCGUUGUUUCUGGUCCCGGCCUCAUCCACGCCUUGGGCGGCAUGGCGAAUGCAAACAUGAACUGUUGGCCCUUGAUUGUGAUUGGUGGUUCUUCUGAAAGGAAUCAAGAAGCAAUGGGAGCCUUCCAGGAGUUUCCUCAGGUUGAAGCUUGCAGAUUAUAUUCCAAGUUCUCUGCCCGGCCAAGCAGCAUUCAGCACAUUCCUUUUGUUAUUGAAAAGGCAGUGAGGAGCAGUAUCUACGGUCGCCCGGGAGCGUGUUACAUUGAUGUUCCUGCAGACCUUGUGACCCUCCAGGAGAGCACGACUUCUAUAAAGUACAAGGAAUGCUGCAUGCCACCUCCACUUAGCCUGGCAGAAACCUCUGCUGUGCGUGCGGCAGCCUCUGUUCUUAGGAGCGCCAAGCAGCCCCUGCUCAUCAUCGGGAAAGGCGCUGCUUAUUCCCAUGCAGAGGACAGCAUCCGGAAGCUGGUGGAGCUGUGCAAUCUGCCAUUUUUACCUACUCCCAUGGGGAAGGGUGUCGUCCCUGACAACCACCCAAACUGUGUGGGUGCGGCCAGAUCCAGGGCUUUGCAGUUUGCUGAUGUGAUUGUGUUAUUUGGUGCAAGACUCAACUGGAUAUUACAUUUUGGACUGCCGCCAAGGUACCAGGCAGACGUGAAGUUUAUUCAGAUUGAUAUCUGUGCAGAAGAACUGGGGAAUAAUGUAAGGCCUUCGGUGACUUUGCUAGGAGAUGUAAAUGCUGUUUCUAAACAGCUUUUAGAACAGUUUGUUAAAAAUCCAUGGCAGUACCCCACAGACAGCAAAUGGUGGGAGACUCUGAGGGAGAAAAGGAAGAACAAUGAAGCCGUAUCCAAGGAAUUAGCUUCCAAAAAAUCCCUCCCUAUGAAUUAUUACACAGUGUUCUACCAUGUUCAAGAACAGUUGCCCAGGAACUGUUUCAUAGUGAGCGAAGGAGCAAACACCAUGGACAUUGGACGGACUGUGCUUCAGAACUACCUUCCUCGUCACCGGCUGGAUGCCGGUUCCUUUGGAACAAUGGGAGUUGGUUUGGGAUUUGCCAUUGCAGCUGCUGUGGUGGCUAAGGAGAGAAGCCCUGGGCAGCGGGUCAUCUGUGUGGAAGGAGACAGUGCCUUUGGAUUUUCCGGCAUGGAAGUGGAAACCAUCUGCAGGUACAACUUGCCAAUCAUAAUCUUGGUAGUGAACAAUAAUGGAAUUUACCAAGGUUUUGAUGCUGACACCUGGGGGAAAAUAUUAAAUUUUCAAGGAACUGCUACAACAAUCCCUCCAAUGUGUCUGCUUCCAAACUCACACUACGAGCAGGUCAUGACUGCAUUUGGAGGCAAAGGGUAUUUUGUACAAACGCCAGAAGAGCUCCAAGACUCGCUGAGGCAGGCUCUGAAAGACACAAGUAAACCGUGUCUUAUCAACAUCAUGAUUGAACCACAAAGUACUCGGAAGGCCCAGGUAGGUCCAGUUGCUAGGCAGAAGGGAGGAAAUGUAUGUUCUCUGGGGCUCCUUCCUGAAAGGCGUGCUCACACAGGCCAGGCCGGCUGAGCUUGUUUCUGAGUUUGGCAGCUUUGUUUGCUUAUUUGUUGAGCUGUUUCUGUGUGUGUUGUUUAGAGUAACAGGUGAGCGAGUCCAAGCUGUCCUCAUCCCACAGAGCUUACCAUUCAGUAGGGGAAGUGGACAGUAGGCUACCUCAAACUCCAUGCUAUGUGACAGAGCACAGGACCAGGAGGACGGGGUUGAUGUUCAGCAAGUGUGAAUGAAGAAAUACACUGUUCUAGGAAAUCUCAUUGGUGCUUGAACUGCGAGCAGUGAUGAUUAGCAGAGAGGAGAUGGAAAGAGGGCUGGGGCUCUGAAUCAAGAGGCAGCUGGCCAGUUGGAGGAGCUGAAGGGAAACAAAAAAUGCAGUGAGCACAGUGUGGACGAGUCUUCAGCCAGUGGUGUGUGCAGCCGGUGGGUCUGUGCAAUUGCAGUCAACUUAGUCCCUGUGACCUCUAAUGGGUAUCGAUGCAGUAGCUACAAUAGUGAGCUAGUCGUCAAGGUGUGCCGGUGAUGUCACCCUUCCAUCUCAGGGUAAGCUGAUUUCCUUUCUUAAUCUGUGUACAGUGGACCUUCCACCUGCUUGCUCUGUCUCGAAUACCUGUCCCCCAUGAGUCCACUCUGCCUAUCAGCCUCUCUUCAGAGCAGAAAUCUACUCAAUCAUUCGUUCCCUCUCCCCUCUCCUUUCCCUGCCCCAGCAUGUGUGUAUGUAUGUGGUCUAUGUGCACAUGUUCACGUAUGUGUGUGCACACAUGUGCGAUGACUACGUAAGCCAGAAGCUGACCUCAGAUGUCUUCCUUGAUUGUGUUUUGCUUUCUUAUUUCCCGGGGCCAGGGUCUUUUCCUAAACCCAGAGCUCACUGCUACGACUAAGUUACCCCAGAGGGGUCUCAGCUUCCCCUCCCAAGCUCUGAAGCCACACGCACUGCUGUGGUGCCAGGGGUCUGAACUCCAGUCCAUACAGCAAGCACUUUGUCCAUGAAGCCACUUUCCAGUCCCCCUCACGGUUCUUAUGAACCAUCAAUAAAAUAAUAAAGCAACGAGUUUGGAAACCGUCAGGUACAUAGACUUCUGAAAGUCCGUUUGUGUAAACGUAGACAUGGGAGUCCUCAGAACUUACAUUAGAGCUGGGGAAAGACGCUGAGAACAGGACCUGCUGGUCAUGCAGAUGGACAUGGAGUGGGUUAGGAGGAGCAGGCGGUGGCAUUGGCAGGGAUCCUUACAGUCCUUUAAAGGUUGCUUCAACGUCUGAUGCACAGUCAGUUCCUGUGGGCAUCACUUGCAUAUUUCGGAAAAGUAUAAAUUAUCACCCCAUUUGUAGUUCUGUAUGGUUAUCCUUAUAUCCAAUCCUUUAACAUUUUUAUCUUCACUCCGGUGGGGUUCUGACAUGAUUUCACUUUCAAGUUGUUAUUUUUUUUUAUUGAGUAUCUCUCACCAUUUGCCAUCGACUCACAAUGGCUGGCUGCUUCCCGCUUUCUGCAGGGAUGUCUAAGUCUCUAUAGUAACCUGUGUCUGGGCCCAGAGGGGUGGGCAGCGUUAGUGAACUGGUCUCACUAAUUAAUUUUCAGCUCUUUUUGACUAAACCAAGCACAAACCUUUCUUUACCACAGUUGUAUAGUUCUUCUAGGUCUCACAGGGAUUACAGUGAGGACAUAGUAUAAUACAGCCAUUUCUGAAUGCUGUCUCUUUUUCCCUCUAGGAUUUUCACUGGCUCACCCGUUCCAACAUAUGAAUAAACUACUUGGCGUUUUUUGAGGCAUUUUCUCUUUCCUACAAGGUAGAAUUACCUUUUCAUAGCAAAAUUACCACAAUGCUAACAUUGUAUUUAAAAAUACACUUUAAAUUGUCUUUUAUAGUAAAGAAAUUGAUUAAAGCUGUCAUUAUUUGUUA